AUGAAGUGCUUCGUGUCCGCGUCACUGGCGCUUGCUGGCCUCGCUUUUGUUCAAGUAGGCCAAGAUGGUCAGCUGGUCUAUUACCCUCAGUAUAUCACAGCCGAGCAAGGCGACAUCGUAAACUUCAUAUUUUCAAAUAAAAAUCACACCGUGACACAGUCAUCCUUCGAUUCCCCUUGCAGCAAACUCCUCGGGACUGAUGGUAUCACUCCAGUUGGUUUGGACACGGGCUUCGUCCCAAUUGCAGCUGGCCAAAGCCCUGUUAUUUUCAACUAUACAGUCAAUACCACGGAUCCCCUCUGGUUUUACUGCAAGCAACAGGGUCACUGCCGGAAGGGUAUGGUUUUCGCUAUCAACCCUCCUGCCACUGGGAAUCAUACGUUCGAGAAUUUUCUGGCAAACGCGGAAAACAACGCAACCAACACCAACACUACCGGGAAUAUCAUCGAUGUGGUUGUGGGUGCCAAUGGCACACUUACAUUUAGUCCUCCGUUUGUAAACGCCCAACUUGGUGACGAGGUCCGUUUUACGUUCGUGUCGAAAAAUCACACCGUCACACAAUCGACCUUCGAGAAUCCGUGCACACCCCAGCUUGGGCCCGAUGGUCAAAAUGUGACUAGCUUCGACACAGGUUUUGUCCCUGUCGCAAAUGGCUCAACCCCCAUCCAAAAAUCGUUUAACGUUUCCCAAAGCGGUCCACUAUGGUUUUACUGUCGCCAGACUGGUCAUUGCUCUAAGGGAAUGGUGUUUGCUAUUAAUCCCGAUACAACGGGCGAACACACCUUUGCCAAUUUCCAUCAGAAGGCUCUCGACACUAAUCCCAACGGCACAACUAAGAUAAUUGAUGUCUUGGUUGGUAGUGGAGGCUCGUUAACGUUCUCCCCUCCUUCCAUCAAUGCCACGGCAGGAGAUGAAAUCCGGGUUACCUUCGCCUCAAAGAACCACACUCUCACUCAAUCCUCGUUCGAACAGCCGUGCACUCGGCCGGUCGGUCCUGAUGGGCUUACCCCAACCGGGUUCGAUUCGGGCUUCAUGCCCGUUGAAAACAGUACUCUACCCCAAAUAUCAUUCAUUAUGCCUCAGACAGAUGCGCCAUUGUGGUUCUUCUGUCGUCAAACCGGACACUGCGGGAAAGGAAUGGUGUUCGCGAUAAACGCACCUUCUACUGGAAAUCAAACCUUUGAACUAUUUCAACAACAUGCCAUCUCGACUGGUGGCGGUUCAUUGAACGGCACGGGCCCCAGUCUUAUCGGUGGUGCAUUGGGAGACAACGAAUCCGGUCAUCCAAAUGACAAAGAGCAUCAUUCUAAGUCGGCCAGGACGACCUUACUCAUCACUCUGGGUGUCAUGGGCGGUCUCCUUUGUUUGACUUCCAUCGCUGCCUUCGUCAUCAUCCGUCGUCGUCGUGCCUCGUCUCGUGGUAUAUACGCCCGUGCCGCCGCCCACGAUAGGGACGAUACCGAUGCGUUCGACUACGACUUCGACCAGGCGGAACGUAAAGGCUUCACCGUUCUAGGAACGAGCCGCGGUGUUAACGGUAGUGGGUUUACCGUCAUCAGGGGCAACGAUGCGAAUCAGAGUGCGGUGACAUUAAAGUACACUGAUGAGCUGAUCGAGGGGGAGAAAGAAACGUAUUACCGUCACGACGAGCACGAUGACGAUGAGAAAGGUAGGAUGGUCAAAACAACUCAUGGCAAUACGUAUAGCGAUCCAUAUGAUCCACCAUCCGGUGCUGUCAUUGGGUCGUAUACGGGUAGGACACACAGCUAG